AUGGACAACCAACGCCCAGUAGCAUAUGCGACGCUUCUCACCGCGGAUUCGUACCUGCCGGGCGUGCUCACAGUGCACGCUAGCAUGGUUGUCGCGGGUUGCAGGUAUCCAUUGGUGGUGAUGGCCACACCAAGCUUAUCUGUCGAGGCUCGGGCCGCUCUGAAAGGCCGGGGAAUUAUUGUCCGCGACGUCGAGACCCUUCGCCCCGACGACGGCAAACACACACUCGAUGCCGCUGACGUACGGUUCGGCGACACCUGGACCAAGCUCAGGGCCUUCGAGCUCGUCGAGUAUGAACGGGUCGUCCUCAUCGACGCGGACAUGAUCCUCCGACGGCCUAUGGACGAGCUCUUCGACUUCCCGCUCGAGGACGGCUGGAUCGCGGCCGCCCACGUCUGCGCGUGCAACCCCCGCAAGCUCCAGCAUUACCCCACGGACUGGGUCCCGGAAAACUGCGCCCACAACGCGGUGCAAGGCCCGCACGGGGCCCCGCCGUCCCCCUCCGCGCCGAACGCGCCUCGGCCGCACCGGCAGCUCAACUCGGGCACGGUCGUCCUCCAGCCGUCGCUCGACGCGCUCGGGGCGAUCGCGCACCUGAUCGCGGCGUCGCCGCUCGUGCCGACGUUCGCGUUCCCGGACCAGGACGUGCUCUCGCACCACUACGCCGGGCGCUGGGCGGCGCUGCCGUGGAAGUACAACGCGCUGAAGACGCUGAGGACCGUGCACCGGAACGUGUGGAGCGACGACGAGGUGCGGUGCGUGCACUACAUCUUCAGCGACAAGCCGUGGCACGUCCCGCGUGGGCGCGCGGGCGAGUACGAGGAGGUGAACGGGUGGUGGUGGGACGUGUACGAGGGGCUGUGCCGGGACAUGGCGGAGAGCGACCCUGAGGGGCUGGCGCUGAUGGAGAAGUAUGUGGCCCGUGCUUGA